CUGUUACAACUAUAUUUACUAUACAGUUUCACAAGCUUACACUACCUGUACAGAGUCCAUACCAUAUAUUUCAACUCAUUCCCUCCCAAUAUAUAUAGUUGCCACUUUCCACUCUCUUAAUAUAUCAUUCUCAAGUUUAGAAUUUAACACAUUUGCCUCUUUAACAAAGGGAGGAGAAGAGAGUGGAAGCGAGAUAUGGGAGUUCUUGAUCAUUUCUCCGACUUAUGCAGCACUUCAUCCACGAGGAAGAGCAAACGCAAGCCGAUGCAGACAGUUGAUAUUAAGGUGAAGAUGGACUGUGAUGGCUGCGAACGCAGAGUCAAAAAUUCUGUUUCGUCUAUGAAAGGUGUAAAAUCAGUGGAUGUAAUACGAAAACAAAGCCGGCUAACAGUUACAGGUUAUGUUGAACCGAAUAAGGUGUUAAAGAAGGUUCAGAGCACCGGAAAGAGAGCUGAAUUUUGGCCCUAUGUGCCGUAUAAUCUAGUGGCCCAGCCGUAUGCACCGCAAGCUUAUGAUAAGAAGGCUCCUCCUGGGUACGUGAAGAAGGUUGUUCAGAGUCCUAAUGCCCCUGUUGAGCGAUAUACUACUAUUUUCAGUGACGAUAAUCCUAAUGCUUGUUCUGUCAUGUAAAUGGAUGAUCACUACUUUAUGUGUUGAUGGAUGUUUGAGUACUUUCUAGUAAGUUUUAUCUUGGAACUAAACAUUUGUUUGUUUUGAAGAGAGAGUUGAGACGAGAGUCUGGACACGUAAAUAUGAUAAAAAUAAUUAUUUUUAUAAAAUA